GUGUGUGGCGAGUGUUGGCCUGAUUGAGUGCCAGUGGAGGGAUGAAGAGAGCCGUGGACGCUCACGCGUGUCCAGCAUGCGCACGUACAUCUCUGCGCGUCUCAUCUCAUCAUGACCGGGGCUCACCUCAACCACAGCGUCCGUCCUUGAAGUGAGUUCUUGGAUUUGUGGACUACCGGGACUUUCACAAGCUUUUAUUUCUCGUAAUAUAUUUAUAUAUUUAACAACUUGUUUAUAUAGCUGUAUAAAAAGUUGAACAGGACAGCCUUCGGUCUGUUAUUUGACUGGUUUCUAACAGACAAUGCGUAUGAUUUGCUGAAACUCCCAAGAAAGAAGAAAUAACACGAACAACAACCGGCGCAAAAACAAGCUCGUUUAUUCAAGCGUCCGCGCUUUGACUUCCAGGAAAUAAACAUGUCUAGCAGAAGCAUCGAGUGGGAGCAUUUCGAGGAGCGCGAGAAGAGUCACCGGUCCCCGCGGGGCAGCGGCGCUUCUCAUUCCGGCUCGCGCGGUAACGGGCUCGUGCCCAGUCCCGCUCACAGCGCGCACUGUAGUUUUUACCGCACGCGCACACUGCAGUCGCUCACCUCCGAAAGGAAAGCCAAAAAAGUUCGCUUCUAUCGGAACGGCGAUAAGUACUUCAAGGGCUUGGUGUACGCGGUGUCCGGCGACCGCUUCAGGUCCUUCGACGCGCUGCUGAUGGAGCUCACGCGCUCCCUCUCGGACAAUGUGAAUUUACCGCAAGGAGUCCGGAACAUCUACGCUAUGGAAGGGGGGAAGAAGAUCACCAGCUUGGAUGAGUUACAAGAAGGUGAAAGCUAUGUGUGUGCUUCCAAUGAACCAUUCCGUAAAGUGGACUACACCAAGAAUGUCAAUCCCAACUGGUCAGUCAAUGUGAAGACAGGCACAUCUCGCUCUCUGCCAUCCCUUAUCACCUCAAAGAACGAGCUGAGAGAACGAGAGAGCAAAGACUUCAUCAAACCCAAGCUGGUGACGGUCAUCAGGAGUGGUGUCAAACCCCGUAAAGCUGUCCGGAUUCUCUUGAAUAAGAAGACGGCUCACUCUUUUGAGCAGGUGCUCACAGACAUCACUGAUGCCAUUAAACUGGAUUCUGGGGCUGUGAAAAGACUCUAUACUCUGGAGGGCAAACAAAUUACAUGCUUGCAAGACUUUUUCGGUGACGAUGACGUGUUCAUCGCGUGUGGGCCUGAGAAGUACCGUUACGCACAGGACGAUUUUGUGUUGGAUCACAGUGGUAAGGCUUCCACAGCCUUUAUAACCGAAUGUCAGGUCCUCAAGUCCUCGUAUUCUUCUCGCUCUGCUCCCCCGGUGAGGUACGCUGGUAGUAAGAGUCCAGGAUCCACGCGCCGCAGCAAAUCCCCCGGAUCUGUGAGAAAAACAGCAGGGCACUUCUCUACAAAUAGCCAGUCUCCAAUCAAAUCACCAAAAUUAAAGCAAAAGUAUUGCUACCGUACCUUUAAGACUUCUAAAGUAAAUGGAGUCCCGAACAGUCAAAUCACUACCCCCAAAUCCGCCAAAUCCUCCAGUUCCUCCCCGACCAGCCCCCGCAGCAUGCGCAACUUCAAGUUUAGUUGCAACAAGCGGAUGGGAGUCCCCCUCCGUCUCUCUGUACAGAUUCCAGGACAUCACUCCUCCGCAACCAACGUGAACGGCUCCUCUGAGACUCCCCAACAACACAACAACAGUGUGAGCCCUGAAGUUAACGGAAACAGGAACCUUGCUGCUUCCACAAUUAUGGACAAGUACAAAAUUGGCAAAGUUAUAGGUGAUGGGAACUUCGCUGUGGUAAAGGAGUGUGUCGAACGAUCCACUGGAAAAGAGUUUGCACUGAAGAUCAUUGAUAAAAACAAAUGCAGAGGCAAAGAGCACCUGAUCGAGAGUGAGGUGGCAGUGUUGAGGCGUGUGAAGCAUCCUAAUAUCAUCAUGCUGAUUGAGGAGGUGGAUACACCCACUGAGCUCUAUCUAGUCAUGGAACUUGUGAAGGGUGGAGAUCUGUUUGAUGCAAUCACCUCCUCAACAAAAUACACUGAAAGAGAUGCUAGUGUUAUGGUAUUCAACCUCGCGGCAGCUCUCAAAUACCUGCACAGAAUGUGUAUCGUCCAUCGAGACAUCAAACCCGAGAAUCUGCUGGUGUGUGAGUAUCCUAAUGGUACAAAGUCUUUAAAGCUGGGUGAUUUUGGACUGGCCACAGUGGUUGAAGGGCCCCUGUACACUGUUUGUGGGACACCCACUUAUGUUGCCCCAGAAAUCAUAGCAGAGUCAGGAUACGGGCUAAAGGUGGACAUCUGGGCAGCUGGAGUAAUUACCUACAUCCUCCUAUGUGGCUUUCCACCUUUCCGCAGUGAGAAUAAUCUCCAGGAGGACCUAUUUGAUCAGAUCCUGUUGGGCCGUUUAGAUUUCCCAUCACCCUUUUGGGAUAAUAUAACAGAUUCCGCUAAAGAGCUGAUUGGUCGCAUGCUGCAGGUGAAUGUGGAGGCCAGAUACACAGCGGAGGAUGUGCUGUCUCACCCCUGGGUCACGGUAAAUGAGGAUGCUGCAAUGGAAAACAAUAUGAAGAUGGAGGUGGCAGGUAAACUCAAAAAGCACUUUAACUCUGUGCAGAAACAGAGCAACACUUCCCCUGGAGUCUCAGUUAUUGUGAACACAGCUCUAGAUAAGGAAACCAUCCAGCUUUCUCGCCGCCAUCAGGACCGCAGCCCCCCUCCUCCGGGAAAGAGCCCUUCCUCCACCCACCCAGAGAAACGACGCUCCCAUAAGGGACGUUCUUCUGUCCAAUCGGAGGAGUCUAGGAGCGCUGCACCCAUCGAGCCUUUAGCCUCAACAACCCCCAAUGCACCGGCAGCCCCUCACUCUGCCUCACCCCCCCACUUCCCAGAAUGCAGUGCUGAGGCUGAGGCCAGCAAGGGCCUGCCUAAGGAAGAAUAAUACUACUUGGGGAAACAAUGUGGAGACAAUUUUGAAUAUAAAUGCAUAAAUACAUAUAUAAAUCUGCAAAUCUUUGAAACUUCAUUCUAGUUAAAAGGCUGGAAUACACUACACUACUUUUGCCCUGUUUUUUACAGCCUGGACGAGUACGCUGUCCGCAGAAAACCGUGCAUGAUAAGCACUGAUUCUGAUUUUAUAGUUAAGAGAGUAUUAUACAUUGAUAUUUAGAUCACACGUUGUUUAAAUUUGGGUCUCUUUGUAAUGAGGUGCAGUUUUAGGGAUUUUGUUGCGUACUGAAAGACCGGGGUUGCCAGGUCUGCGAAAGAAAACUAAACCAAAAAUAGCCCAAGACUAACCCAGCAGCCCUAUCCCAAAUAUCAAAAAAUAUCCCAAAAAUACAUAUUGUACAGUCACUGUAAAACUCAAGUUGUUCAAACAAAGGAAAAUAUUUAGAGGAAUGUGGGUAGCCAGAGAUUUUCUGUUCCUCACUGAAUUCCAUAGUAUAUAGAAUUUUGUUAGCCACGUUAUUCAAAAUAUAUAUUUUUUAUUUUCAGCAGGAGAAGGAAAUUACCGUAAUUGAUUUUAAUUUUUGGGUAAUCUAUUCCCAAAACUAAAGCAAUUCCUCUUGAAAACCGUGGACCUGGCAACCCCAUCUGAUCCUCAGACUUUCAUUAUAUAUUGUCUGGUUUUUCUUUAACUAUUUACAAAGUCAGCAAGUUAGUGAAGCCCAGUGUUCUGCUUUUAAAAGUCAUUUAGUGUAAUCCAGCCUUUAACACUCGUUCAUUACUGUCUGUAUAGUGGUCGUCUGCUCGUCUCCCUGCUUUCUUCUUCUUCCAGUUUGGCUUCCGAUUCCAGCACCCAGAGUGGGUUCGAAAACUUAACGUGUGAUUGAUUGUAUAUAAGUGCUUUGGAUAUGAAAGAUCCGCUCUGCUUUUGUAUUUACUGAGAUGGACAGCUCACGUCCUGGUUAUGAAUAGCUAAACACUUUUUAGGGCGGAUCUAAACAUGCUACUGGAAAAAAAAAGACUUUGAAACUGGCAAGAAACUUGUCCUGCUGAAACUUGAAAGUACAGUGUAUGUUUGAAAAUAGACUGCUUGACUUUUUGACUCUGCUGAAGAAAAACAAGAAAGCAAUUCUGAUUUGUGGGUGUGUGUGUGUGUGUGUGUGUGUGUGUUUUCUUAAGAGGGUGUGACUAGCACUACUGUGUUCUGGGGUCAUUCUGCGCUAGUUUAGAGUUGCCUUCAUAUGAGCCAGCAAAGCGAGGAAUCUGUAGGGAUUGUUAAUAGUUUUGUUCUUUUGCUAAUUUAUUUGUACAGAUUAGACAAAAUGUGAAAUUGUAUUUUAGAAUAGUUCGACAUUUUCAAUCCGGAGUCGUUAAGUGCACGAUAUUUUGAUUUCUCUGUUGCAACAGUAUUAGAUUUACAAUCUCAAGUCCUGGAUUUGUCAUCUAUUUGUUCCGUGUGCUACUUCUGUAUCUCUUUGCUCACCGCGGCACCGUUUUCCUGAAACUGUCAGCCCGCAGGGAGUGACGGAGCUUGUUAAUUAAGGGAAAACGACAUGAUGCACUGCUAUUUUGACGUGCAUCCGAGGUUUCGAGAACUAUGGCAAUAUUCUGUUUCAUUUCUGGAAAAGCUAGAUUUCAUGUUUAAUAGAUGUCAUUUUCUAUUAGUGUUCUUUAUCAUCACAUAAUCAAAGUAAUGCAAUAAAAUGAUCUUGCUGUUGUU